GCCGCUUUUCGCGCGAAAACUGGUUGUUGCCGGAGCGGCGGCGGGAAGCGUGGCGUUAGGAUGGCGGAAUCGUCUGAAUCCUUCACUGUGGCGUCCAGCCCAGCCCAGCGGCAGCGAAGUGAUCCUCUUACUUCCAGCCCAGGGCAAAGCUCCCGUCGCAUGGAUGCCCUGACCUCUAGCCCUGGCCGUGAUCUUCCCCCCUUUGAGGAUGAGUCUGAGGGGCUUCUAGGUACCGAGGGACCCCUGGAUGAAGAGGAAGAAGAUGGAGAGGAGCUUAUUGGAGAUGGCAUGGAGAGGGACUAUCGUGCCAUCCCAGAACUGGAUGUCUACGAGGCCGAGGGACUGGCCCUGGAUGAUGAGGACGUCGAGGAACUGACAGCCAGUCAGAGAGAGGCAGCAGAACGGGCAAUGCGACAGCGUGACCGAGAGGCUGGCCGGGGCCUGGGCCGCAUGCGCCGUGGGCUUCUGUAUGACAGCGAUGAGGAGGACGAGGAGCGCCCUUCCCGGAAACGCCGCCAGGUAGAGCGGGCCACAGAGGAUGGCGAGGAGGAUGAAGACAUGAUUGAGAGUAUCGAGAACUUGGAGGACCUCAAGGGCCACUCAGUGCGUGAGUGGGUGAGCAUGGCAGGCCCACGCCUGGAGAUCCACCACCGCUUUAAGAACUUCCUGCGCACCCAUGUGGAUGGCCACGGCCACAACGUCUUCAAGGAGCGCAUCAGCGACAUGUGUAAAGAGAACCGCGAGAGCCUUGUGGUGAACUAUGAAGACCUGGCAGCCCGGGAGCAUGUCCUGGCCUACUUCCUGCCAGAGGCACCAGCAGAGCUGCUGCAGAUCUUUGAUGAGGCUGCCCUGGAGGUUGUGCUGGCCAUGUACCCAAAAUACGACCGCAUCGCCAGCCACAUCCAUGUGCGCAUCUCCCACCUGCCUCUGGUAGAGGAGCUGCGCUCGCUGAGGCAGCUGCACCUGAACCAGCUAAUCCGCACCAGCGGGGUGGUGACCAGCUGCACAGGCGUCCUGCCCCAGCUCAGCAUGGUCAAGUACAACUGCAACAAGUGUAGCUUCGUGCUGGGGCCCUUCUGUCAGUCCCAGAACCAGGAGGUGAAGCCAGGCUCCUGUCCUGAGUGUCAGUCAGCUGGCCCCUUUGAAGUCAACAUGGAGGAGACCAUCUACCAGAACUACCAGCGUAUCCGAAUUCAGGAAAGUCCUGGCAAAGUGGCGGCUGGCCGUUUGCCUCGCUCCAAGGAUGCUAUCCUCCUCGCUGAUCUGGUGGACAGCUGCAAGCCAGGAGAUGAGAUAGAGCUGACUGGCAUCUACCACAACAACUAUGAUGGCUCCCUCAACACGGCCAAUGGCUUCCCUGUCUUUGCCACUGUCAUCUUAGCCAACCACGUAGCCAAGAAGGACAAUAAGGUUGCUGUGGGGGAACUGACAGACGAAGACGUGAAGAUGAUCACCAGUCUCUCCAAGGACCAGCAAAUUGGGGAGAAGAUCUUUGCCAGCAUUGCUCCUUCCAUCUAUGGGCACGAAGACAUCAAGAGAGGCCUGGCACUGGCACUGUUUGGAGGGGAGCCCAAAAACCCAGGGGGUAAGCACAAGGUACGAGGCGAUAUCAACGUGCUCUUGUGUGGAGAUCCUGGCACAGCCAAGUCUCAGUUCCUCAAAUACAUCGAGAAAGUGUCUAGCCGUGCCAUCUUCACCACUGGGCAGGGGGCUUCGGCCGUGGGCCUCACGGCAUAUGUCCAGCGGCACCCCGUCAGCAGGGAAUGGACCUUAGAGGCAGGCGCCCUGGUUCUGGCUGACCGAGGAGUGUGUCUUAUCGAUGAAUUUGACAAGAUGAAUGAUCAGGACAGAACCAGCAUCCACGAGGCCAUGGAGCAGCAGAGCAUCUCCAUCUCCAAGGCUGGCAUCGUCACCUCCCUGCAGGCUCGCUGCACCAUCAUCGCUGCAGCUAACCCUAUAGGUGGCCGCUAUGACCCCUCGCUCACCUUCUCAGAAAACGUGGACCUCACAGAACCUAUCAUUUCCCGCUUCGAUGUCCUGUGUGUGGUGAGGGACACGGUGGACCCAGUCCAGGAUGAGAUGCUCGCCCGUUUUGUGGUUGGCAGCCACAUCAGACACCACCCCAGCAACAAGGAGGAGGGGCUGGGUAGCAGUGGCACCCAGGAACCUGCCAUGCCCAACACAUAUGGUGUGGAACCCCUGCCACAGGAAGUCCUGAAGAAGUACAUCAUCUAUGCCAAGGAGAAGGUCCACCCAAAGCUCAACCAGAUGGACCAGGACAAGGUGGCCAAGAUGUAUAGUGACUUGAGAAAAGAGUCCAUGGCGACGGGCAGCAUCCCCAUCACAGUGCGGCACAUUGAGUCCAUGAUCCGCAUGGCAGAGGCCCACGCGCGCAUUCACCUGCGUGACUAUGUGAUAGAGGAUGACGUCAGCAUGGCCAUCCGCGUGAUGCUGGAGAGCUUCAUCGACACGCAGAAGUUCAGUGUCAUGCGCAGCAUGAGGAAGACCUUUGCCCGCUACCUUUCCUUCCGGCGUGAUAACAAUGAGCUGCUGCUCUUCAUCCUGAAGCAGUUAGUGGCAGAACAGGUGACAUAUCAGCGCAACCGCUUUGGGGCCCAGCAGGACACUAUUGAAGUGCCUGAAAAGGACUUGGUGGACAAGGCUCGUCAGAUCAACAUCCACAACCUGUCUGCUUUUUACGACAGUGAGCUCUUCAGGAUGAACAGGUUCAGCCAUGACCUGAAACGGAAAAUGAUCCUUCAGCAGUUCUGAGGCUCAGGACCGUCCACUGUAGCUUGUGGACAUCAUGGGCAGGAGGGCGGACCCAGGGCUGACUCCACACUCUACAGGCACACGGAACCCAACCAGUGAGGGACACUGAGGGCGGGUGCAGGGCUCCACAGCUGAAACACCCAGCUGCACCCCUGGUCUCCUGGGCUCAGGCUGGGCUGGGAACGAGGGUGCUUGUUUCUUUGGCUCCAGUUUCUGCUCCUCAUGCCGUCUGGGGUGGGCAGUUUGCCUCUUUAACCCGCUGGGCAGCCCUCCGCCUGUGGGAGGUUUGUCUCCACCUUGGAUCAGAGUCAUUUGAGGUGACCGAGCUCAGGAGGGUGUUACAAGAACUUGUUUUCCUCUUGGUGUGAGUCCCCAGUGCUGGAUGCUUCUGCCACUUUGGCCAAAGAUCAAGUUCAAGGUAUUUGUAAUGUUUUUCUGAACUCUAUCCUGCGGGUUUCUCUAGGCUUCUGUGAGUAGAGAAACUGUGGACAGAAGAGCACACAACAUGUGGCAUAGCACCUCACCGCCCCCACUGCUUCCCUGGGGGUCGGUGUGGUAGCGAGCUGGGAAUGAGAAUUAUCCCUGGUAACAAUGGUGCCCAGCCAGGGACUGGCCAUCACCAUUGCUGUGUUCCUUUGUUUACUCCUGCGAGGUAUUCCCCGUCCUCUCGUUGUAUAUUCAGUUUUUGUUUCUGUAGUUUUUAUUUUUAAUAGAAUGAAAUAAAAUCUAAAUAGUGCUGGU